CCAUUUCAUUCCUAGCUUCGACCUGCAUAGCUGCCAAAGCGAUCGUUAGAUCUCUAGCUCAGCCCACCGAUCGAUGGACUGCAUGACCACCGCCGUCACAGUCACCGCCACAGUCAUCGGCGGCAGAGAAAACAAGAAUCAGAGCAGGAGGGAAGGAUCAGAGGCGCAUAGGGGCGUUGCAAUUCACAACCAAGUGAUGAAAAUAAAACAAGAAAUUGAGAAACUCAAGCACCCUUCGCUCCAGCACGUAGAGAUCAGACAUAUCUCCCUUCGAAAUUUCACACGCCAACGCUCUCGAUCUCCUCUUGGAUUGUCGCAUCGGGCUAUCCCUGUCGGUAGCGCUUAGCAGACAUGUACGAAGCUUGUCUGCGCGUUUGUAUCUAUACAUGCUAUCUAUACUUUUGAGAGAUAUAUCCUAGUUUGUGUUAGUUUCCUUUCCUUUUGCUUUCAAGUUAGAAUAUGGAAACCCAUUUCCUUCUCCUUCUCUUAAAUUUUCAGUUUCUGGUUUUGUUUCUGUGCUUUUGGGGUUUCUUUGUA